AAAGAUGGCGACGCUGGUGAAGGGCCUGGGGCAGGCCACGCGACCGUUGUUACCGGUGGUUCAGAGUUGGGACCGUGACGCUCGGCGCUGGGUGCGGGCACUGCGGCGGAGCCCCGUGAAAGUGGUGUUUCCAUCGGGAGAGGUGGUGGAACGGAAGCCCAGUCCUGGGAAGCAGCCCCGGAAAGGGGUGUUUGAGGCCGGUCGCCACGAGCAGCGACUGAAGCAGCCGCUUCCUGUGCCCCCAUCCCAGACGCCCAGCACCUGGGAAGAGUCCGGGCUUCGCUAUGACAAGGCUUUACCAGGGGACAAAAGGCUGAGCAGUGUAAUGACAAUCGUUAAGUCCAGGCCAUUUCGGGAAAAGCAAGGGAAGAUCUUGCUGGAAGGUCGCAGAUUGAUUGCAGACGCUCUCAAGGCUGGUGCUGUGCCAAAAGUUUUCUUCUUUAGCCGUCUGGACUACAUAAAGGAGCUGCCCACUGAUAAGCUGAAAGGUGUCAGCCUCAUUAAGGUGAAAUUUGAGGACAUCAAGGAUUGGUCUGAUCUAGUAACACCACAAGGAAUAAUGGGGAUUUUUGCCAAACCUGACCAUGUUAAGAUGACAUACCCAGAGACUCAGCUUCGCCAUUCACUACCCUUAUUGUUGAUUUGUGACAAUCUCCGUGACCCUGGGAACCUGGGGACGAUUCUGAGAUCUGCUGCUGGGGCAGGCUGCAGCAAAGUAUUACUCACCAAGGGGUGUGUGGAUGCCUGGGAGCCCAAAGUGCUGCGCGCAGGUAUGGGUGCGCAUUUCCAGGUGCCCAUCAUCAACAAUCUGGACUGGGAAACAGUACCCAACUACCUGCCCACCGACACCCGGGUCUACGUGGCUGACAACUGUGGUCUUUAUGCCCAGGCCCAGACAUCUAAUAAAGCCAGUGACCAUGGCUGGGUAUGUGACCGACAGCUCUCGAAGCUUCACAAGUAUGAGGAAGAGGUGGAUCUAGAAACUGGAGCCAGUAAAGGCUGGCUCCCUGAACUUGAGGUCCAGAGUUAUGACUUGGACUGGACAGAGGCACCAGCAGCUGUGGUGAUAGGUGGGGAGACCCACGGUGUGAGCCUGGAGUCCCUGCAAUUGGCCGAGAACACUGGGGGCAAGAGGCUGGUGAUUCCCGUCGUGCCUGGUGUGGACAGCCUAAACUCAGCCAUGGCUGCAAGCAUCCUGCUCUUUGAAGGGAAAAGACAACUGCGGGUAAGGGCGGAACACUGGAGCAGGGACAGGAGUUCCUACUGAGAGGGGACUGGCAGGCAGUCCUCGGUUUGAGGUUGUCUCCAACUCCUCCUACAUUGUUAAGAGGCUGGCAGAGUUGGUAACUGGCUUCCCGGGCCAUAUUCAGGAGGCAGGAGGUAGGCAUGAUGCUAUUAUAUGGUUAUUGAAAAAAUAAGAAUUGCCAUGAAUUUCUGCUUAUCUUAAAAAAUAACAAAGGUCAAAAUUCUUCUGUGAUCUCCCGUCUGCCCACUGAUAUUUAAAUUUAUUUGUAUCUGUAUAUUUUCUGUGACAACAUAAAUAGAUGAUCCACAUGGCUCUCUCCAUAUGUUUUUUUAAAAAUUGUCCACCAAGGAGCAUUUUUCUGUCUAGAAAGUUUAUGAAGGCAUCAUCUUGGGCAGGGAGGACCAUUUCCUCCACCAGCUGGUGGGUGUCUUGCAGUCACUGAGCACUGGGUAUAGGCCUGGCCCCGUCACUCACUUCUCUUCAUUGGUCAGUGGAAAAUAAACUCCUGUGAAGUAGAGACCAGCAGAUGACACUGAAGUUUUAUUUCAGUGUGGUCAGUGGGGCUCAACGGCUCUCUUUUCCUCCUUGGCCUAGUGAUGAAGACAUUGCUGAGAGAGAAGACUCGGGAAGCUACGCGCCGCAGCUGGCGGCACUCAGUAGCCAGCUGUUCUUUCAGCUUGGCUGUCAGUCUCUGCAGUGGUUCAUUCAGGCCUUGGCUUAGAGAGCCUCUGUUUAUGUAUAGCAUGAUUUUUCCCCCUAUUUCUGCUGAAACAGCUGGUAGAAGCAGCAUAACUCAUAGGUGGUGUUAUUUAUACCUUCUUAGCGCCUCUGCAGAUACCUUUUUGAGGACUCUUUGUUCAGAAAAGGAGGAAACAGUUUUAAAAUCUGCAGCUUAAUUGUGCAUCCGUCAGGAAAGCUGUACUCUUUUCACUAACUUCCUGCCGUAAGUCCUGCUUUAAAUAACACUUUUGGUUAAAUGUAAUGACUCAGUUACUUAUUUACAUCAUUCACCUCUCCUGCAUAGCGGAACAGAGCUGCUUAGGAAGAUGCCAGUGUUCCUGGAGCUGUGUCAACAGAGGGCUCCUGGGAGGGCAGAGAGGCUGAAGGUGAGAUCUUCAGGCCCUUAGGCCCACAACGCUGCAGCAAGACCCUGCUGUUCUCUCAAACCCCCAGGGAACCAGGGCAGGCUGGAUCCUUACUCACCAGGUGACAGCCGGGAUAUAGCGAGGGACAUGAGGACAAAUGCAGAUGAUAAUUACUGUAAGUCACUAUGGGAAGGGGGCAGGUGAGACUGGAGUAAGGGACUUAUUUCAAGCAUUUUGUAACCACAGAGAAUUUGGUUGGAGUUGAGGACAGUAACACACCAGCAGUGUAGUUUUUCCACAUCCCUUCUGUACAGCAGCUCCUGGAAUGGUUGGAUUCCUUGCGAGCCUUUCAGCUGCUGAUUCCAGGGAGAUCCAGUGAGUUGCCAGCAUGCCCAAGAGAAACCAUGGCUCUCCUUCCUUCCCCCUCGGCUUCCCCAGCUCCCUAGUAAAACUUUUUCUCGAGGGAAGCAAAAGAUGGAGCAUGACUCCUGCCCCAAGAGGCAGGAUUGCUUUGACGAGCUCGAGGGGAUAGGUUUUUGCAGGAACAGUCUCUGGUGGGCUAUGCUCUCCUAGGCUGACCGGCCAGAACCACUGCUCUGGUGCCCCACUCUGGUCUGCACAAACGUCCCAGGCAAGCAGCCCACAGAUUGUUCUUGAGACCCUCUUCCUACCGUCAGCUUUUAGAAAGUAGAAGAGCCUUUAUACUGUGCUAAGCCCACAAAGGCUGGGGCCAGCUUCACAGAGCCAUAAUGCCUGUCACACCAGCCAGCUAAAUCUGGGAGGCAGCCCAGAGAACUGUACCACUUGAGUCUAUUGACAUUCAGUCUCUCUCAACACCUUGGAAAAGUGCUAAAGAAACAAGUUACUAAAAGGAAGCUCGUGUCUUUCCAGCAUGAAACCAGUCUCCUGCAAUUUUUGUCCCUGGGUUAUUGUUCCUGCUGAUUUUUGUUACAAAAUAAAGAUCAAUGAAAGAAUAACAAACCUAUACUUUGUCCUUCUUCAGAAAAACAAAGCAAUGCAAAACAGUAUACCUGGCAAGUAAUUCUAAGCCUAUUUUAUCGCUCUGGGUGUAAGAAGAAAGAGAAAUUUACAUCCAUUCACUUUAUAGUCAGUGGCUUCUAUACUAGGCCUUGUGAGUUCCUUGUGUAUUUUUGUGGGUAUAAUUUAGCAGAGGGGAGGGCAAAUUUUCCUUUCUUUAAGACUACAGGGGAAGCAAGUGGUGGUGAAGUUCUUGUUUGCUGAGUGAUAGUGGAAAAUCACUAUCUUGAAUUCUUCUCAAUUAUGAGGCCAACGUUUGUUCUAUCACCAUUUCGCCAGGAAAUAGGAAUAAAAACUGGGAAGUAUAUGACAAGCAAAACACCACUUGGCUGAAACAGCUGUCAGAAGGUUGGCCAAGCUGCCCCUUGCCUUUGUUCAGUGUAGCUGUACUAUGAUUUCCUCCACGAGGUGGCAGCCACGCCUCAAAACCACUCCCAACCCUGAAAGGGGCGGGAUUUUUCCUGGAUUUCAGUUGAAAAAGAGGAUGGAGUCAAGUCUCCCUCAAACACAGAGGGCAUUUUGCAAGCCAUUUGUGCUCAGAGGUGCUGAAGUUGGAGACCCAUCCAGAUUGCCACUCAUUCUCUCCACAGGAUAUUAAGUGUAGGACAUUGACCAAAAACUAAGGAGAAAAUGGACAGAAAUGGGAAGUGGCUGUACAGGGAAAACUAGCACAACUUUUCCCUUUGAAUGUGAGCCUGCCUCUAGGAAAGCAGUUCUGCAUGGCCCAGAACUCACGCUGGGAGCCCACCGCCUCGCCCUUGGCUUGGAGCUUCAGGGCAGGGGGAGCUGAAACUUCCCCUUCCCCCAGCACAGCUGCUAGCUCCUGGUUAGACUCGCAGUCCUUGAGGCCCAGGGGCUAAACAGACCUCUGGGGAAAGGUUUCCACCAGUUUCACCUGGGACCUUCUACCACUUGCCCCAGGGUUAACAGCAGCACUGGACGUCACCACCCUCCGAGCUGAGCUGCUUUUAGCUCCACUUCUGUCAUCCCGCCACACGAAGACCCCAGAAAGAGCGCUUCACCCAGGGUUCUGUGGCUAGUGCUGAAAACCAGCAGCUGCCCUGCAGGCCUGGCACUCCACUCUUGGCCCAGCCACCUCUGCCCUCCUGCAGGAGCAGACCUGACUGACUCCCGUUUUACCAUUGGUUUGUUUCGCUUUUUAGGAAACACUCACGGAGACACCUUUAAACUCCAAGAUCUUAUUUUCUCUGGUUUUGUGUGUGGGAGGAAGAUUCGCCCUGGGCUAACAUCUGCACCA